GAAGAGUCCGAUGACGAUCUUAUGCUGUCUAGCGCUGCAUUAGCUGCACUUCAGGAUUUUAUGAAGGAUAAGGCUUUGGCUGAACAAAAACUGACUUCUUUGAAAGAAGAUACAGUUUAUGAGAUCGAUAUUGUCGAUUUCAUCGAAGACUGGCAGUUGUCACAGUUCUGGUAUGAUGUCACUACCAGAAAUACGCUUGCUAACGAGUCGAUUCAAGAAACUUUUGAUAAUGCUCGCAUUGGAUGUGUUUCUUCGCCUUCUGUGUUUGUAACUCUAAAGAAAAUGGGCUUGUCCAAUCGUAGCAUCACAGUCUUUGAAUUCGACAAGCGAUUCAAUGUGUAUGGUGACGAAUUCGUUUUUUUCGAUUUCAAUGAGCCAUUGACACUUGAUGAAAAAAAUGGUGAACGACCGCUUAAAGGCAUGUUUGAUUUUCUGAUUAUCGAUCCGCCAUUUCUUAGCGAGGAAUGUUUGCUAAAGACUGCCCAAACUGUACGAUGGCUUGCCAAGCCAACUUGCAAGAUCCUUAUAUGCACAGGAAAAGUCCAGACUGCUCGGAUAAAAGCACAGCUUGAAUGCAUCGAAACAGACUUUUUACCACUGCAUCAGAAUGGGCUUCAGAACGAAUUUCGUUCAUUCAUCAACUAUUCUUCAAAAACCCUCAAGCGCAAAGAGUGAAUAAAUCAUUUUUCAAUGUGCAACCUAUUCCAACUAUUGCAUUCUAAUCGACAGUACAUUGGUCUAUUACCGCCGUCACUCACGUGAAAUGGAACACUUGUAUUACUUGCAGUCACUGCCUCUUCAGAAUAUACAAUGACUGAAUAUUCCUUGUUUUUCUACUAAUUCACUGGCAUUUUCAAUUCAAUCAACAUACUCCAUCAUAUAAUGUUUACAAACUAUUCAUGUAUCUUCUUUUUGGUAUAAUCAUAUAUUGUACAAUCGCUAGAUUCAUGCAUUACAAUCCAACUAUUAGGUUUGACUGUUCUGAUGUUGUCCAUCAAACUCGUGUAUCUUGCAAUCACAUAUGUUCGCGUUCUAGUUCAAGAAAACAAUGUAUGCUCCAGGAAUGCAACGGUUGUUUCCAUGCAAUUACCCAGAAACCAGUCAGCUAAAGAAAUUCCAAAAACAAUGAUCAAUAAUUUGGUGGAAAUCAUUCGAUAUUGGCCAGUUAUCAUGCAUUUUGACUCUUUUAUUUAGUUUCUAUUUUACAUGAAUACGCUGCAAGAUACCUAGCAUUC